UUAAAGUCUUGCUCUCUGUCUUUCAAACACAUGUCGAAUUCCAGGAACACGGUUUGCUAACUUCACUUGCAGUGCCAGUGCAAUGUCUUCACUUUCCAACUAUCUGUAUGUCUUUAUCCUGGGACAGCUGAUGCUGGGAAUUGGAGGAACACCACUAUAUACUUUGGGGACAGCCUUCAUUGAUGAUAGUGUUGCAAAACACAAGUCUUCCCUUUAUAUAGGAAUUGGUUAUGCCAUGUCACUGCUGGGUCCUGCUUUUGGCUACGUCUUAGGAGGACAGCUACUUAAUAUUUAUAUUGAUAUCGAGAUCCCAGAAAGGCAGGCUGCAACUUAGUCUUUUGCUUUCUGUUUUCUUUCCCUAUUAAUUCUUAUUAAAAUCUUCAUCUUUUCUCCAUCUAACAAGGAAAAAGUGGUUUUGUUUGGAAAAUACUGCAUUUUCAAGAGCUUCUUUAACUUGGUAACAAGGUGCAUUCACAAGGGCUUCUAGCAAAUGAGUUACUUCCCACAUACGAAGAUGGAUCCAGAUGACCCACGUUGGCUUGGAGCUUGGUGGAUAGGAUUUCUUGUAUGCUUUGUUGCAAUUUGGCCUCUUAUAAUACCUUUUUCAUGCUUUCCAAAGUACCUACCAGGAACAGCAAAAAUACAGUCUGAAAAGAUCUCUGAAACACAUGAUGAUGGAAGUGAGCUGCUUGUUGAGACCCGGAAUAAUGGAAAAAGCUUUAAAGACUUCCCUGUGGCUCUCCUGAUACUAGUGAAGAAUCCAGUGCUUAUGAGUCUAAUAGUAGCCAGUACUUCAGAAGCUUUAGUUGCCACAGGCUUUGCCACAUUUCUACCAAAGCUGAUAGAAAAUCAGUUUGGGAAAACAUCAAGUUUUUCAGCAACUCUUGCAGGGCUUGUAUUAAUUCCAGGAGCAGCACUAGGCCAAGUCGUAAGUGGCAUUUUGGUUUCCAAGUGCAAAAUGGAUUGCAAAAGCAUAAUCAAGUUCAUGACAGGCACUUGUUCAGUGGCCCUACUAUUAAACACAGUGUUUUUAUUUGCUAAAUGUGGGAAUGAACCUUUCGCAGGUGUCUCUGAAACUUAUAAUGGAACAGGCAUGCUACAUAACUUAACAGCGCCAUGCAAUGCUAACUGUGGAUGUUCACGGUCUAUGUACUACCCAGUUUGUGGCAGAGAUGAAGUACAGUACUUCUCUCCUUGUUUUGCAGGAUGUGCAUCACUUGUUAUUAACAAGAUGAAAAAGAUGUACCACAACUGUUCCUGUAUCGGGAAACCAGAAAGACAAGCUGGUUUACAAGACCUCUUCUAUGAAGCUGUCUCUGGGAAAUGUCCAACACAAUGCAAACUUUUACCUUUGUUCCUGACCUUGUUCUUUUUUGCUGUUGUUUUUACAUUUAUGGCUGUUACUCCAACAACUGUGGCCAUUCUCAGGUACCCUUUUUGGAGCUGAGAAAUAGGUAGAUUUCUUAUGAAAGCUCAGAUCAGUGAAAUAUUCUAAUUUAUUUUGCUUUGGAAUGUGCACUUAAACCAAUGUGCGAGGGACUUCUUAUUUUAGUACUUUGUGUAGUAAGCAAGCAGCUCUCGAAGCAGAGGACUGUCACACCAUUGUUCACUAGUUCUGUAAUUACGUUUGGUUAGUAGAUUUAACAUUUCUGUAUCUUUCCUACUUGUGGUAA